AUAAAAGUUUCGACCGCCGUUUUUUCUAAAGGGAUGGAAUUUAAUACGAAACAUCGAAAAUUAUGCAAAACUAAAAAUUCAAUUCGUACUCCCGCUUCCACAAAAUCACGUUUGACCAAAAAGCGAAUUGUAACGCGAAAAAGGAAAUGUGUUUGCCUCCCUGAAAAUUAUUCGGUAGUUGAAUUCCCAUCUAUAUGGAAUGAAUUACGGCAGAAUGGCCAGUUGUGUGACGGGACGAUUGUUUGUAGGGACAUGAAAUCAAUACGAGUACACAGAGCCAUACUCUCAGCUGUUAGUCCUUAUUUCAAAGCGAUAUUUAUAAAUUCGUUGAAGAAAGGUCAACCGGAAGAAACUGAGAUAUCUGUAGAUGUCCCAAGUUACUAUAUGAGUUUAAUACUUGAUUAUGCCUAUACAGGUACAUGCACAGUUACAGCAGGGAAUGUAGAAUAUUUAUUGCCGUAUGCAGAUCAAUUUGAUAUUUUAGGCGUUAUACAAUCGUGUUGUCAAUUUCUGUUGCAAGAACUAAGACCUCACAACUGUCUAGGUAUAUUCAAAUUUGCCAAGUACUAUUUCUGUGGCGAGUUAGAGAAAAAGGGAAAAUUGUAUAUAAGACAGAAUUUUAACCGAAUACUUAAGGAAUGUAAUGAGUUUCAGUCGCUUUCUUAUGGCGAGCUUGAAGAUAUUCUGCGUGACGACGAAUUAAACGUACGUAAUGAGGAAAUUGUAUUUCAAGCUGUAAAAACGUGGGUAGAACACGAUAUUGAAAAUAGAAGAAAAUAUGUUCCUUCGCUAUUGUCUUGUGUGCGAUUUGGUCAUAUAAGUUACAAGUAUUUUAAAUCAAAAAUAUUACAGUGGCAGCCUGUGGUCGACGAUGAUAAAUGUCAAGAAGCGCUAUACCCAGCUGUAGUAUUCCUUACGGUAUUGGAUUCAAGACCUGGUACAGAGGCAGACCUUAACGACCCGUUAGCUCGCCCUCGAAUUCCUUAUGAAAUACUUUUCGCGGUCGGUGGUUGGAGCGCUGGCAGUCCGACUAGUUUCGUUGAAACCUAUGAUACAAGAGCAGAUCGUUGGUUUCUCUCAAUCCACAUGGAUCUCACGCCUCGUGCGUAUCAUGGGUUGUGCACUUUGAACAACUUGAUAUACAUGAUCGGCGGCUUUGACGGUAGUGAUCAUUUCAAUACAGUGCGAUGCUAUGACCCAGUGGCAAAUACCUGGCAUGAAAGAGCAUGCAUGUACCAAGCGAGGUGUUAUGUCAGUGUAGUUGCACACGAUGGUUUAAUUUACGCAUUGGGCGGGUACAAUGGCCGUACUCGUAUGUCUUCAGUAGAGCGAUACUACCCCGACAAGAAUCAAUGGGAGAUGACCACAGCUAUGAAUAAACAAAGAUCCGACGCCUCCGCAGCUUCUCUCUGUGGAAAGAUCUAUAUAGUCGGUGGUUUCAACGGACAAGAAGUGUUGAGUUCCGCAGAAGUCUUCGAUUCUGACACGAAACAAUGGAGCUUCAUCAGGUCAAUGAUUAGCCCUCGCUCGGGAGUAAGCCUCAUUGCAUACAGAGACUGUUUGUAUGCACUUGGCGGGUUCAACGGAUACAGUCGUUUGAAUACUGGAGAGAGAUUCAACCCGCAACGCGGUGGUGACUGGCAGGAGAUUACAGAGAUGUUCAGCGCCCGAAGUAAUUUUGCAACAGUUUUGCUGGACGAUAUGAUCUUCGUUAUUGGUGGAUUUAAUGGUUCGACUACAAUUCCUCAUGUGGAAUGUUACGACGGCGACACCCUGGAGUGGUAUGAUGCAGCACCAAUGAACUUGAACCGAUCAGCUCUCAGCGCCUGCGUUCUUGCUGGACUACCUAAUGCACGCUCAUUUUCCUACCUAGCCAAAGCUGUCCCUGCAGCUGGCGCCGACCAAGCUCAUCAUUCCUAAAUACCAAAACCAAUAAUAUCAGAAAAAUACCCAAUACCAAUAAAUACAACGAACUCAUUGAAUCCUUCGCUACAAUUAUUAACGUUCUUCGUUAUGUCUAUGAAUACUUUUGGAUUGCUUUUAUUAUCUAUCUAAAUUUAUUAUCUGAAUAGUAUAUUGAUUGUUAGUGAUAUCUCACUGUGAUAUUUUGAUUGUACAUAAAGUUUGUGUAUAUAUUUUAUACCUAUCGUAAAUCAUGGCUAAUAGCAUUAUUUUAAUGUACAGACAUUAAUUUGUACUUUGUUUUUAUUUAGAGAUACAUAAUACAGGGGCUAUAGGCUCCAAUGAUAUUUUUAUUAUUUUAGCGAGGGAUUUUUAGAAAAUUUCCAAGUUCUUUUUAAUUGUGUAAUUUGUGAUAAAUUUUAUUUUAUUUAUAUGUGUAUAGUUCGCGGCCUUAUCAAAUCAGAGUGGUCGCGUUUUGGAUGAGUGUAAAAUACUGCGGUAGCCGGAACCAUCGCUGUAUUGUUGUAUCUGUGAUAUUUUCAUGAGUUGCAUGAUGUAUAAAAUUAAAAAAAAUGUAAAAUGAUUUUUUUAUUUUGAAAAUUUACUGUACCUGAUUGAAAUAUUGAUAAAUUCACAAAUAAAGAA